UUAGAAGAAAAUCCAUAUAACCACCUGCUCAAAUCAAUUACGAUUGGGUCCAAAGAGUAUAAGUACUAUGACAUCAGCAGCUUUGGAAAAAAAUAUGACAGGUUGCCCUUUUCCGUUAGAGUACUCCUGGAGAGUGCAAUCAGAAAUUGUGACAAUUUUCAAGUGAAAACAGCCGAUGUAGAAAAGAUCUUGAAUUGGGAAACAAAUCAGAGCUUGGAAGAUGGAGCAGAGAUAUCUUUUAAACCCUCCAGGGUGAUAUUGCAGGAUUUUACUGGAGUACCAGCAGUGGUGGAUUUUGCAUCUAUGAGAGAUGCAGUUAAAAGAUUAGGCUCUGAUCCAGAUAAGAUAAACCCCAUCUGUCCAUCAGAUCUUGUUAUUGAUCACUCGAUACAAGUUGAUUUUAUUAGAAGCAAUGAUGCUCUAAAAAAGAAUGAGGAACUCGAAUUCGAAAGGAACAAGGAAAGAUUUAUGUUCCUAAAGUGGGGAGCCAAGGCAUUCGAAAAUAUGCUAAUCGUUCCACCAGGAAGUGGAAUAGUACAUCAAGUGAAUUUAGAAUACUUAGCUAGAGUUGUUUUCGAUACAAAUAGUCUGCUCUACCCUGACAGCGUUGUCGGAACAGAUUCUCAUACAACCAUGAUCAAUGGUCUUGGUGUACUUGGUUGGGGUGUAGGAGGAAUUGAAGCUGAAGCAGUCAUGUUAGGGCAAGCAAUAUCUAUGUUAGUACCAAAAGUUGUAGGAUACAGAUUAGAUGGUAUCUUAAAUCAGUAUGUUACUUCAACCGAUCUUGUUCUUACAAUUACAAAGAAUCUACGUCAAGUUGGAGUAGUUGGAAAAUUUGUAGAAUUUUUCGGGCCCGGUGUGUCUCAGCUAAGCAUCGCGGAUCGUGCCACAAUAUCGAAUAUGUGUCCAGAGUAUGGAGCUACAGUUGGAUUCUUCCCAGUUGAUCAGCAAAGUUUAGCAUAUCUGAGGCAAACAGGACGAUCCGAAGACCAUAUUACCAGAAUAGAAAAAUAUCUCACCGUCAUCCGUAUGUUGAGGAAUUACGACGAAGAAAGCCAAAAUCCUAUCUUUUCCGAAGUGGUUACUCUAGACCUAGGAACUGUCGUUUCCAGCGUUAGUGGUCCAAAGAGGCCUCACGACCGUGUCUCCGUUGUGGACAUGAAAACAGACUUCAGGAACUGUCUUACUAAUAAGGUAGGAUUCAAGGGAUACGGCUUAAGCUCUGAAAAGGUGGAUUCCGUGGGUAUGUUCGAAUACGAGGGCAAGGAUUACAAAUUGAGGCAAGGCUCGGUGGUCAUCGCUGCAAUUACUAGCUGUACUAAUACUAGCAAUCCCAGCGUUAUGCUUGGAGCAGGUCUCCUAGCGAAGAAUGCUGUCGAGGCUGGUUUAACCGUCGCGCCUUAUAUAAAAACGUCUUUGUCUCCGGGAUCAGGCGUCGUCACUUAUUACCUGCAGGAGAGCGGAGUGAUUCCAUACCUGACGAAAUUGGGAUUCGACAUUGUCGGCUAUGGGUGUAUGACCUGCAUCGGUAACAGCGGUCCUCUUCCCGACGUUAUUGUCGAGACUAUUGAGAAAAACGAACUCAUAUGUUGCGGCGUACUUUCCGGCAAUCGGAAUUUCGAGGGUCGAAUUCACCCUAACACAAGAGCAAAUUAUUUGGCGUCACCGCUCUUAGUAAUCGCUUACGCCAUCGCUGGCACGGUGGACAUAGAUUUCCAAACGGAACCGCUUGGUCGCCGGGCGGAUGGCAGUCCAAUAUAUCUUCAAGAUAUCUGGCCCACCAGAACGGAUAUCCAAACGGUGGAACAGAAACACGUAAUCCCAGCUAUGUUUAAAGAAGUUUACAGGAAGAUAGAGAAGGGUAGCUCGAACUGGGCAAAUCUGGUGGCCCCCGAUGGCAAAUUGUAUCCGUGGGAUUCCACUUCCACGUAUAUCAAGAAUCCACCAUAUUUUGAUGAUUUACAAAAGGAAUUACCGAAAAUAAAUCCGGUGAGCAAAGCACGCGUUCUUCUGAAUCUCGGCGAUUCUGUUACGACGGAUCAUAUCAGUCCAGCUGGUAGUAUUGCUCGUAACUCUCCAGCAGCUCGAUACCUUGCGAAUCGUGGAUUGACACCGAAAGAAUUCAAUUCCUAUGGAUCCCGUAGAGGUAACGACGCUGUAAUGGCGCGGGGCACGUUCGCAAACAUCCGUCUGGUGAAUAAAUUCAUCGGAAAACCCGGACCACGUACAGUUUACAUUCCCACUAACGAAGAAAUGGACGUUUUCGACGCAGCCGAAAAGUAUGUGAAAGAUCAGACACCUUUAAUUAUCCUUGUCGGUAAAGAGUACGGAUCUGGAUCUUCGAGAGAUUGGGCCGCGAAGGGUCCUUAUCUUCUUGGAAUUAGAGCAGUUAUAGCUGAGUCUUAUGAAAGAAUACAUAGGUCAAAUUUAGUAGGUAUGGGUAUUAUUCCGCUGCAAUACCUACCUGGACAAAAUGCGGAGUCCCUCGAAUUGACCGGGUACGAGGUAUACGACAUAGCCGUACCUGAUAAUUGUCAGCCUGGCCAGAAAAUCACCGUUACAACAGAUAAUGGGAAAAAGUUCGAAGUGAUUGUACGGUUCGACACGGAGGUUGAUUUAACGUAUUUCAGACACGGCGGUAUUCUAAACUAUAUGAUUAGAAAAAUGCUUUGAUAGAUAUCGGACAGGCAGACGAGAUCUAAAUUACUAUAUUGCAAAAUGUUACUUAAUGCAAUACUUAACUUUGGGUUUGGACUUGCCAGCAUAGAAUGUUUAAAUGUAUAUUCAUAUCUUUUUAUUCAUAGUAAAUGAAGUGAAAUUAUAACGAAUACGAUACUGCUUCUUCAUUAUUAAAUAUUACAGAGG